AUGGACGCCGAAGAUGGUGCGGGAGGUGCGCCCGACACCGGCGGUAUCGUAGGCGCCGUCGCGGCGGCUAUCAUCAACCACACGUCAGACGCUCUCGCCGAGUGCAACGGCACGCCUCCAACUUCGGCGCCGCUGUCCGUCUCCUCGAGACGCCACGACCGCGCCUUGGCACAGGCGUCUUCACCGUCGGUGGCCAUUCAGGCGCUGGACGUGCUCAACGCGGCCUACAUGCCCGCCAUCAUCUACCUGGGACUGAUCGGCAACGUGCUGUCCCUGGUCACGUUCCUUGGCACCAAGCUCAGGAGCCGAACGUCGAGCCUGUACAUGGGGGCGCUGGCCGUCUCGGACUCGGGAUUCCUCAUCAUCCUGUCGUUCGCCUGGCUCAACGAACAAGGCAUCAACGUGUACCAGCACGGUCUCUGCCUGGUCACCGUGUUCCUGUCGUCGGCGUUCGCCUGCUGGUCCGUAUGGCUGACGGUGAGCUUCACGGCCGAGCGCUUCGUGGCCGUGCGCUACCCGCUCUGGAAGCUGCGGGCCAGCUCGCCCACUCGGCGUCCCCGUCUCGUCAUCGGCGCCACGGCGUUGCUCAGCGUCACGCUCAACGCGCCCCUGCUGGCAUUCGUGCGCGUCACGGGUGGCGAGUUCGCCGAGUGCAGCCCUCACCCCGAGUACGAGAGUGCGCUCUACGUUCUGAAUAUCCUGGACACGGUGCUCACCUUCAUCAUUCCCUUCCUACUCAUCACUGUCAUGAAUUUCAUGAUUGCCCGGGCCAUAUACUUUUUCUACGUUCGCUACAAGAGACAACGCCUCACAGCGGAGGGCCAUCAGGAUUGCCGUGAAGCAUCCCUUUCUUCACCGGCACGACUCAACGCAGACUCGGCUGUGUCAAGAGAUGGCACGAUGACCGCGACCAGCGGCGGGGGCAUUGCCCACGCUACCCAGAUAAGCGUGACCCGGAUGCUGCUCCUGGUGUCCACGGUCUUCAUCCUGCUCAACCUGCCCAGCUACGUCAUGAGGAUCUACGUGUUCCUGCUGUCGCUGGGACACUCGCCCCUUGCCGACCCUGAAAUCAACUCGCUGCCCUACGUGUUGCAGAGAUACUUCAUGCUCCUCUACUACACCAACUUCGCCAUCAACUUCGUCCUCUACAACGCGAGCUCUCGAAUGUUUCGCGCCACGCUGUGCGACUACAUGCAGGGCCGCUGGAUGGCGCUGCGCGAGUCCAUGGCAGCGCUACGAUCGAGCUUCGGCCACCAAUCUUCGACGAGUCACAACGAAGACACGAUAAUUUGAAAGCGCCGAAAGCUCGUGUCCUGCUGUAGAUU